UUCUUCUCAUUUUCCCUCUAUAUAUUCAUAUACUCUUUCGUAUAGUUACACCAUCCACUCUACUCAACAUGGACUCCUCCAAACUCUCAUCUCUCUCUCUUUGCCUCUUCCUCAUUUGCAUUAUCUAUCUCCCCCAACAUUCUCUCGCAUGCGGCUCUUGCAACCCACGGAAGGGCGGAAAGCACUCCCCUAAAGCCCCUAAGCUACCAGUUCCUCCGGUGACCGUCCCUAAGCUACCAGUUCCUCCGGUGACCGUCCCUAAGCUACCAGUCCCUCCGGUGACCGUCCCUAAGCUACCCGUUCCUCCUGUGACCAUCCCUAAGCUACCCGUUCCACCAGUGACUGUACCUAAGCUACCCGUUCCUCCUGUGACCGUCCCCAAGCUACCCGUUCCUCCAGUGACCGUCCCCAAGCUACCCGUUCCUCCAGUGACAGUCCCUAAGCUACCCGUUCCCCCGGUAACUGUACCUAAGCUACCCGUUCCUCCAGUGACCGUCCCUAAGCUACCCCUUCCUCCGAUUUCAGGGCUACCCAUACCUCCAGUGGUAGGUCCCAAUCUGCCAUUGCCGCCUUUGCCAAUUGUAGGUCCUAUUCUUCCACCGGGAACAACCCCACCAGCCACAGGAGGGAAGGACUGUCCUCCACCGCCAGGGAGCGUAAAGCCACCAUCAGGGGGCGGGAAGGCGACAUGUCCAAUAGACACGCUGAAGUUAGGUGCUUGCGUCGACUUGUUGGGAGGUUUAGUAAAGAUAGGGCUUGGGGAUCCAGCAGUUAACAAAUGUUGUCCGUUACUUAAAGGCCUCGUUGAAGUCGAAGCCGCGGCUUGUCUCUGCACUACCCUCAAGCUCAAAGCUCUUGACCUCAAUCUUUAUGUCCCUGUUGCUCUUCAGCUUCUCCUUACCUGUGGCAAAAAUCCACCUCCGGGCUACACUUGUUCCAUAUGAUAAACUCACUCCACUUAUAAAGGGUAUGCUAUUCUCCCUCUCAUAUUACUUAGAAUUUCAAUCUUCUAUAAGAAAUGUAGAUAUUAACCAAAUAUGGUUUUAGGUUUAAUAUAAUUUCUUUGGCAAUAACAUAAUUUUGUUUUCUAGUUCAACGAAACGUUUGGAAAAUGGAUACAUGGUAUAUAACUUAAAGUUGAGAGAAUUUUGUUAUUCAUACCAAAAGUUGAGCUUUUUAGAUACAUAUUCGAUUAAUAUGCAUGCAAGUGUCCUAGUACUACUAUAAGUAGAUAUUAGCAAUGUGCAUAAAAUAAUUAUUUUAAUUAUAGUAUACAAUUUAGUUCUAUAACAAACAAUUAUUUUAAUUUUGGGUUACGCAGAUGCUUUGGAGAAAAAAGUGAGAAGAGAAUGGCAGAGCUCCAAUCUUUCCUGUCUUGGUUUACCAAAUAUAUCAUAUCAAAUCCUAUCCCUUUGAUUCUUUCCUCUAUCGUUCCCUUAUGCUUGUAUCAUUAAUUAAUGUGUGCUUUUUAGAUUAAUGAUUCUUCUCUUGUAUUAAAGUAUGAUUUGAAAUCCUUUUUUUUUCUCUAUCUCUUUUUAUUGAAUGGAUUGAACUGCGUUCAUGAUACUGUCAAAAAGAGAGAAAAAGAGUACAAUUUUAUAUAUUUUUCGUAUUAGUUGAACGACAAAAUAAAUUACAUUUUAAAAUGUAAAAUAUAAAAUACAAUGCCAUUGAAAAUAUUUACAGGGGUGU